UUCCUUACAACUAUCAACACCAACAAUGGCGUUGAAAGGCAGAAUAAGGCUUUCAAGUACGAUUACCUCGCAGGAAUCAAACAAAGAACCUUGAGUGGGAUGCUCUCAGUGCUAAUAGAUGAGUUCCUUCCUGACAAGUAUCUCAAGUAAGUAAUUCCUGCUUUCCGUGUCCAGUCACAUGCUGUCUAUAUUUGGAACAUUUUGUGUUUAUUUGUACACUUUGGUAUAGAACGUCUCGGUUUCAGUGUGAAAUGCCCGAAAAUUUAGUAAUGAAUGAAUAAAUGAAUGAAUAGAAAGAUGUUUUAUUGUUUUAAUAAAUUUUAACGGACAGUUAAAUAGUCUAAUGAAAGAAAGGGAAAAGAAAGUUAUUUUUCAAUAUGAGAGAGUGACUAAGUGGAAGGCGAGACAGUCUGUAAAGGCGUGAUACAAAUACCAUUACCAUGGAGUAAAAAAGGAACAUUCUGAUGGCCUUUUUGUGUCUCAGGUAUGUGGAAUUGAAUACAAAACUUCAAGCAAGUUUUCGACGCUAUAACUCUGCCAUCCCCUCCUAUUUAAGAGAACGACCGCACCACAUCAUAAAACAUUCCAUGGACAGGCUAUCUCUUGCGGAGUCUAUCCCAAGUAGCAAUGUCACAGUUAUUGACAUGGAGAAUGGCGAGUUUUUGGUGAAAAGCCAAAGUAGACCCGAAGAGAAGAAGAUGUACAAAGUCAUGUUUGGGACCAAGCAGCCAAGCUGUGAGUGCUUUGAUUGGGAGAGGCAACAGCUGCCAUGCAAACAUUUUUUUGCCGUAUUCCAGCACUUCCCGUCAUGGUUGUUUGAUAGACUUCCAAAAGAAUAUUGA